AUGUCUCACUUUGCUACUCCUUUUAUUGUUGUUAAUUUGGGUUGUGAAAUGAUCUAUGUCAUAGAACAGAGGUUAAAAACGCAGAACAUACCAUUGGAUAAGUCUGAAAAAGUGCUCACAGAUAUAGUAACUGUACUGCUACACCCCAAGCUACUGGAAGAACUAUUUAUACCUCAACCGGUCGCAACACAUGCUGUCAUCAAGCAACUUCUUCAAGACAUUUCUGCAACAUCCAUUAUGAGACUUGACGACUACUCCAUGGGCAAACUAUGGGAUCUCAUGACCAUGAUAUUCAAAUGGCAGCUGUCUGUUGCAACAAACCAAAAUAUAUUUGACAUUAGCCGCCGACAUUUGCGCAGCGUAAAUAAACUAAUGCCGGAAAACUACGCCAAGAGUAUUUUUGAUAAUGCUUUGAGAAAAUUUGAAUCCCUGUCCAAUAUGUUUACAGACGACGAUUAUAAUGGCCUGUGCAAUACUCUAAUACUUUGGUUCUCAGAAUAUCACACUAAAAUAUCAGUGCUACUUAGAUUAGGCUUACAAAAGAAGGAUGGUACGUUUAGUUUGCCUUCAACGAUCAAUACAGUGAUUCUUAAAAAUUUGGGCGAAAAUAUAUACAAAUAUGAUUCCAAAAAAUCCGAAGAAUAUGAAAGCUGCUGUAUUGAAACAAGUGAAAUAAGCUACCUCCUGGGCUCAAUGGAAAAAGUUGGAUCAUCUAAACAAAAUUCUGUUAAGCUCAAUUUACCUAUAGACUUGGGAAAUGAUAUGUUGCUAAACAAGAUUAUUAAAAUAGAUAAUACUAUUGAAGAAACCAAUAUAACAGCCCAAAUAAAAAACAAAUGUAAUAACGAUCUUACUUACAAUGCUAAAUUGCCUAGCACUCCACAACAGGAUCUUGUAAAAAUGCUUAGUGACACUUUUUUAGAUGGUUAA